AUGGUAUUCGGGUUCUUUUCUACGUCGGUCGAUCCGCCCGCUCUGAUUUUCAUGGGCGAGCACCAGAAAGAGAACGAACGUCUGCUGAGGGUGAUCCAAUUUGAGAUCUGUCGUUCCAAAGGGCACUUUCAGAUGGAAUUCUCUGAUGACGUGUGGUUCCACGUGGAGAAUCUGUCGUCCGCCCACGUUUACCUCCGGAUGCCACGUGGAAUGUCGAUCGAAACGAUACCUGAGCAACUUGUGAGUCUGUGUCUAAAAUCAAAAAACGAGCAAAGUUUCAGCUGGAAGAAUGCUGUCAACUGGCGAAGAAGAACUCAAUUUCUGGAUGUAAACUGGACAGCGUUUCGAUUGUUUACACAAUAAAAGCGAAUCUGAAGAAGGAAAAGGGAAUGGCUGACGGACAGGUUCGUGAGAAAAACCUGAUAAUCACGGAAUUAUUGAGCAUUUCCAGGUUGGAUUCCAUAAAGUGCAUUUGGUGCGGAAAAGGAAAACCGACAAGAAUAAUGGAAUUGCAAAGCGAUUGGAGAAGACGCGAUGGAGAGAGAGAAUAGCCGAUUCAUGA